AUGAGCACCAGCUUUCGGGACAUUAUUGCUACUUUUGAGUUCAUAUUUUGUCAGUUAUCUCUUCCGUGGCUUGAGCGUGAGCAGUACGAUGCCAUCUCCCUGGAACGCAACUCUCAUGGACGCUGUGGAUAUAUACUCUGUUCGAAUCCCCUCGGUACUGCUAUCAGCCAAACUUACCGCCUGGAUGUUCGCUGUCGACGAGUUUAUGACGCCACUCCGAGAAAGCCAUUUUGUUCUGAUUGGUGCUUUUCGGCCGCUCGUCAUGUUCGUAAACAAAUUUCGAAGGAACCUGCUUGGUGCCGCACUGAGCUGACUUGCACAAAUUUGACAUUGCUACCUAGAUCCGCACGUGCCCAUCCAGGAACACUUGUUUUGGAUGCCCUCAACCGGCUGCGAUUAUCAUCAGACACCUCAACAAGUGAGGAGGAAGAAGAUGAAUGUCCGUCGCAUUCAGCCAUUUCAGAACCUGAUUCAGAUGACAAUAGCUCCGCCAAGGAUUACGCGGACCGGGACCAUAAGCGAUUCAAUGCUAGUCCGAUUUCGAAACAACUUCCAGCCGAGACUUUGUGGGGUGUCCAAGUAGAACCUCCCGCGAAUCUUGUGAUUGUGCAGCAGCGGUCCCCUGUGCUACCAUCGACCACUAAAGCGAUCACAUUUUCCUAUGCAAAGGAGCGGCUGCCAGAACCGACUAACGUUGAUCUGUUCAGUAGAGUCAGGUGCCGGUUUUGCCAGUGGCUCUCAUCGAGGGCUUUCGCGGCGUUGACUCGCCUCGAACAUACAAAUCUUACUGGAGCUACAAAGGACAAUGUAUCUGAAGAUCCAAGGUCGCCGCCUUCUGGAUCUAGCGUUUUACCGCUAGUUGACUCUGUGUCCGUUAACACCAUCAGGCGACAGCUGUUAAUGGAAGAAUUACUCCCCAGCGUUAAGGCCAUUCUUUCUCGCCUACAUGCACCCUCCCAAUCUGUGAUUGACCAUUUGGAUGCUGUGAUCCCUCUUCUGAAGUUUACGAACCACAACAUUCAUCUGUCUCAUGCCGAACGUAAGGUAGUAGCUCUUACGUUUCUCCGAUUGAUGGCUAAUCAACACUUCGGGCUUCAAUCUCUUUUCAAAGCGACUCAAUUGGAUGCAUUAUUGGAAGAUGUGACUGACAGAUCUGGCACCGAAUUUAUUAAUGAUGUUAUUGAUCAUUUGUAUGCUAAAUUUUCAUAA